AUGUUGAGCGAGGACGUAAGCGUUCUCCAUUAUAACGCUCGCCCCCAUACUUCCCAACAAAUUUUCACUCGACUGCAACAUCUUGGAUGGAGCGUCGUCACCCAUCCACCCUAUAUUUGGGACUUGACUCACAGUGACUACCAUCUCUUUUCAAAGUUAAAACAGAUUUGUCUGAAAAGCGCUCCAACAGCGACAACGGAAGCUGAGUGUAAUGACGUAAAGAAUGUUGAGAAUUGCAGAGUAAGUUUAAUAACGAUUGAGUAUUCCUUUCGACAGUUUCAACUGAAACGACACAUUUACCAGCCAAAGUAUAAUAGUAUUGAACUAUUCAGCUACAUAGGAGGCUAUAUGGGGCUAUGGCUUGGCAUAAGUCUGAUUCCAAUAUUUGAUUUAAGUGAAUCAAUUUUCAAAGUCUUACACUUUUCUCUUAAGAAGAAAACUUCAAGAAGAGUCAAGAGACAAAAUAAAUAAAAUUGUUUUAAUAACCAAGCUUUGGAACUUUCAAUAAUUUCAU